AUGGAGAAAAAUCAGGUCGAGACCUCCAAGUGGAAAGAGUAUCUUUCCAGCUGCCCGAAGAGUUUUCACAACGCUCUGGACUUGACCACUGAGGAGAUCGAGGAACUGCAAGGAAGCCCGGCGCUCGAUUAUCUCGUGCAGCAGAAGAAUGACUUGCGGCAACUUUAUGAGGAUCUUUUCCCCAAACUGUCUCAAGCGUUUCCAGAGGUUCAGAGGUACAAGUCAGAGCUGGGAAGAGUCGAAGUUCAGCUGCUCGCCCCUGUCAAGGCAGGCGAACAGAUCUUCAUCUACUACGGCGCGUUGAGCACAGCGUCCGAGCUCACUCGCUUCGGCUUCUGCGACCGAGACAACCCCAACGACACCGUCCCCUUCGAGCUGGACUUGUCUGAGAUGACCGAGCUGCAGCGCAAGGCCAUGGAGGUCUGGGAGUUCCGGCCUGACGUCCAGCAGCUCCUCAAGCGCGACGGCCUGCCCUCCUGGCGCCUCCUGGCGAUGCUCCGCAUCCUCCACCUGAACCAGCUCUCAGUGGCCAACGAGAAGCUUGUGUGGGGGACCAUGGAGGAGCUGCUCAACGCCGUGACAGCAGGAUACCCGACGAGGCUAGAGGAGGACAUCAGCCGCCUGGAGGAAGGAAAGCGAAGCUCUAGCAUGUCGGCCGGCAUGAUCGCGUGCAUCUCGCACGUGAUCUCGCAGAAGCUCAUCGUGGAGGAGAACCUCAAGACGGUCAAGAACAAGAUGAUGAACCUCCUCACCCAAGACCAAUAA